CCACGCUCCCCGUCCCCGUCCCCGUCCCCUGCCAGCCCUAGGUCGGGUUUCGUGACUUGGCCCCCCUUACGCAGCAGCCCAGCGUGGAAUCGGGCGUGCCCCUGCUCAGAUCGCGCCCCCAUAAAAAAUUGCAAAUUAAAAUCAAAUCAAAUGGCAGAGGCACAACAGGAACAGCCACAGGCUCAUCAACCUCAGCCUGAACCCGUCUUUGCCGCCGCUGAAGAACUAGCCCAUGCUCUCCCACAUCAAUCGCCGGGCCAGUCUUCAUCACCACAAGCUACGCAAGAGCAGGAAAAGAGACAAGGGACGCAGGGGCAGGUACAGGUACAGGUACGGGUAGAGCCAAAGAUACAGUUACUGUCACAGGCAGAGCCAGAUGUCAAAACUUUCUAUCACACACACGCACGCGCUCCAACUACAAAUUUACGAUCCCCAAAUAAUGCAACUACGGCAACACUAGUCGCCUACGCGCAGGAGCAGGAGUGGGCACGAGAAAAGGACCAGGAUCAGGAUCAGGACCAAAAACAGGGGCACCGAAUUCCCUCUUCGAAUCACUCCUCCAACGACGUCGCUAACCCGAUCUCGACCUCAACCUCGACCUCAACCUCAACCUCGAAUUCGACUUCAAACUCUACAUCAACGACAGCCUCGCCUCUGAGAGUCUCCACGACGACUACCGUCGCUGCUGACCAGGCUAGUCUGCCCUCGGCGACGGCGGCCACCAACGGCGCUUUGCCUGAUCAGCAACAUCAGGAGCAGAAACAGCAAAGGAGCGUUGCGCCGUCAUCGGAAGCCAUGUCGAACAACCCACCUCAUCACCACCAAGGGCCUCGACAACCAGCUAGCUACCCGACUCCGACAGCGUACGCGACGCCCGUCAUGACCAGUGCGCAUUACGGAUAUGCGAAUCCGCCGACCCAAAGCCCGGACGCGUACCGGGCGACCGCAGGCGUCCCGAAUAGCGCCAUGGCAUUGCCGAGUAUGCGCACCUUCGACCCGGUCCAGCAGCAGGCCCAGCAACAGCAACAUAUGGCGAUGGCUAUGCCCGUUAACCCGGUACCUUCAGUCCCAUCAAUGCCGACACAGCAGCACAUGUCUUAUUUUGGACAACAACCGGUCCCUAUGACAGCGAAUAAUCCGUAUGCCUUACCUCCAGAGGCUUUAAGACCGCAAUAUGCUUUACCUCCAAGCGGACCGGGUAGUGUGCUAGGUGGUCGACAUAAGAAGGAGAUCAAACGUCGAACAAAAACAGGUUGCCUAACAUGUCGCAAACGACGUAUAAAGUGCGACGAACAGCAUCCCGUCUGCAAGAACUGCCAAAAAUCUAAGCGCGAAUGCUUGGGAUACGACCCAAUCUUUAAAAAUCAGCAACAGCAACAUCCUACGAAUAUUCGACCGGCCCCUAAUAAUUCAACUUCCGCUUCUGUGCCGUCAAGUCGACCUCCCGCCUCUUCCUCCACCUCUGCGUCCGCGUCCGCUCCCGGCGGUAUUCCUCAAGCUCAAUCUUCUUAUUCUACUACCCUUCCCCCGCUGCGUCGACGGUCAAAGGCGAACCUCUCGAAUACCCUUCCGCUAUCGAUCCUGCUUUAGAGCCCGUCUUGGCAGCUACGACACGAAAGAUGAAGGUCCACGAGCUCGUGGGCAUGAGUGGCGCCAUCCCUCCCGCCCUCGACUCGCCUCUAACUAGCGAAAAGCUAGCCG